AUGAACAAGCUGCUGUCGCUGACCCUCCUCCUCUGCUGCCUCUACUCCGUGGCGGCUGUGAGGCCAUCCAACGGGCGAUAUGAAACUGUGUCGAACAAUUUAAACGGUCAGCUAGGAAGUAGGAGGAGUUCCAAUAACGGGAAAUCAUUUAACUUGCAAGAAAACAUAAAGUAUGAAAGGAAGAAUAAUUACGAGCUCUUUGUGGACUCGAAUGGACAGCUACAACAGGAACGCUUUGGAGUGAAAGAACCUAGACAGGUACUAAAGAAAAAUGUAGACCAGUUAAGGUACUUAAUAAAUGACUUGGAAGUUCUCACAGGGGUGUAUACAUUCAAUGCGAGAGACAAGGAAAAAGUAUUAAAAGAAACAUUGAAGCCGGAAUCUCUUUGCUUUACCAUGUUGGGUCUCCUAAGUAACAACAUUAAUAAGGUGGUCCAAGUGGAGGACUCUCCUAUCUACGGACUGCUAAUCAAAGGAGAAAGGAACAUUAACACGAAUGAAGUGAAGAACGAAUUAUCCAUUUAUGGAAUUUUAUCGAACCUAUCUGUAUACAUUGGUGAGUUUAAAUUUCCCACUUUAAAAACUGCCCCCUACGAGAUCCCAUUCCUGGUGGGGUAUUACGACAAUAAAGGAAACGGGUUCAGAAACAAAACAUUUUCAUACCUAUGCCCGUUACCAACCUUCCUAAUUGAUGUUAUACGAACUACCAAGUUUGGAAUGAAAUUCAAUUUUAAUGGUGUCGACUGGGAUGUGCAAGAGUUGUUUCCUGCUUCGCUUUCUCACUGGAUGGACAUACCCUCCAUGGUACCUGUUCAGACGGGGGACACAUAUCAGAUGGAGCGAAGGGCUAUGGUAGAGGUGCUUACGAAAGAAGCCAAGGAUGUGACGUACAGAAAGGUGUUUGACACAGGGGUGGUCGAAGGGGUCGGUAUUGUGAAGGCACAAGAGAGGAUACUAGCUUCCAUUUCCUUUUCUAAUAUGAGGGAGACGGUAAAAAGUUUUCUGGCCAGCUCUGGAAAAACCUCCAUGAAUGGACCUUCCUCUUCUUUGUACUUUGUGGCCCUGAGUCAGAAGUUGCUGACCAACAUGAAAGACACAGCACAUAGAAGAGUGACCCGCGUGGAGGUUUCCAAUGUGGUGCAGAACAAGGGUGGGUUCUUGCAAGGGUAUAGUCUGAAGCUAACUCUGGAAGACUCGACCUUUGUGACGGUGGAGGCGCUUGUGCAGGGGAAGAACGUGUUGGUACCGCAAGAGAUGAAGACAGGCAGUAGUGGAGUCGCAUCUCUGGAUGUGCCCGUGGCUUACGGACUUGGCGUGGGAGGCGGUUCGGGGCUGACCUACACCUUCGCGGGGUUGGCCUUCGACCUUAGCCUGGCUUUGCCCUACAGCAUGAACAGCUUGGCGUCUUUCGUGAAAGCGGUAUAG